AUGGCGACCGUCAAGGAGCUUGAGAUGAUCCCGGACUACCUCUCCGAUCAGCGUGACAAGGCCCCGGACGAGCUCCAGCACUUCUUCCUGUCCUUUGAGGACUACUGGGAGCGGAAGCUGUGGCACGAGCUCACCCACAGCUUGCUCGAGUUCUACGACCAGCCCACCAGCGCGCCCCAGCGGAUACCACUCUACAACACUUUCGUCAAGGCCUUUGCCGACAAGAUCAACCAGCUGAAGCUCGUCACCGUGGGGCUGAGCGCCGCAUCGCAGUGCAAAGAUGACAAGGAGCGCCUCACAUUCCUCCAGCAGCUCGCCGAGAAGGUCAACAAGCCCGAGUCCCAGGACGCAUACGUAUACGCCACCGUCGCCGUGGCAAGCGUCCAGCUGCAGCUGAAGGACUUUGUUGAUGCACGGAAGAAGCUCGACGAGUGCGAGAAGGUCUUGGACACGUUCGACACGGUCGAGACGGUUGUCCACGCCGCCUUCUACCGCGUCAACGCUGAGUACUACAAGUCCCAGCACGAGUUUGCCUCCUACUACAAGAACGCCCUCCUCUUCCUCGCCUGCGUCGACAUCAAGGACCUCAGCCGCGAAGAAUGCCAGCAGCGUGCCUACGAUCUCAGCAUUGCCGCACUCGUCUCGGACUCCAUCUACAACUUCGGCGAGCUUCUUCUCCACCCCAUCCUCGACUCGCUCCUCAACACGCCGCACGCGUGGCUGCGCGAGUUGCUGUUCGUGUUCAACCGCGGCGAUCUGGCCGAGUACGACGUGCAAGCAGGCAACAUCUCCAAGAACCACCUCCUGAAGGAGCACCAGCAAUUCCUGUACCAGAAGAUAUCGCUGGCCGCGCUGACCGAGGCCGUGUUCCGGCGCCCGCCCCACGACCGCGCCAUGACGUUCGCGGCCAUUGCGCAGGAGACCAAGGUCUCGCCCAACGACAUCGAGCACCUCAUCAUGAAGGCGCUGAGCCUGGGCCUGCUGCGCGGCCAGAUCGACCAGGUCGCCGAGAUCGCAAAGAUCAACUGGGUGCAGCCAAAGGCGCUCGAUAUGCAGCAGAUUGAGAGCAUGCGGCUGCGGCUGAAGGAGUGGGACUCCAGCGUCAAUCAGCUGGGCAACUGGAUCGAGGGCGUCGGCAAGGACGUGUGGGCGGCAUAG